CACAAGGGCCCGACCUUGAUGGAUGGGAUGCCCGUAGAUACACUGGCGCAUAGCCACAUCACUGUUACUGCCAGGAGGCAUCGCGAGUGACGAGCCAUGGCUGACUUCGACCGAAACGUCCUGGAGUUCUACCAGCUAUCGACGCCCUUCCCUACCGAAUGGCCCGCCGAAAAAGACAAGAGCGAUAAUUCCGAUAGCGAGCAAGAGCUGUCCAAGCAGAAGAUAAACCGCAGGAAAUCGAGAUACCAAGCGCUCGAACGCGCCGUCAGCAACAGGGCCAGCAUCGUCCAGGGGUCCGAGAAGUCGGCGAAUGGGGUGAGCAACUUGGUGCAGCGGGACGAGCCCGACCCGUUGGGGACAUCGGAUAGCGUCGUGAGAUCCCUGAAGCAAUUAGGAGUGCCCGUUCAAGAUGAUGUCCGCCUACGCAAUCGCUUCCUCCUGUCUUCUACCAGCUUCUCCCCGGCCCUGUUCCUCUCGCAGAUGCACGCUACCGCCGACACCGACUCCUUGCUGAACGGGCUUGAUAUCCUGUCGAAAUCCAUCGACCAGAAGUCGGCGUCGCUGAAGGUUCUGGUCGAAUCCAACUUCGAGCGGUUUGUACGAGCCAAGGCGACCAUUGACAAUGUCUACAAGGAGAUGAAGUAUCGCGGCGCCGAGCCCCCAUCUCCGUCUCGCGGCCGCGGCCACUCGCGGCAUCCCAGCAAAAGCAGCUUCAGGAAUAGCAGUGGCGGGGCUGCUCUUGGGCCAAACCCGCUGGUGGCGCCUCUUCUCAACGAUACUAGAAAGAAGAACGCGCUUGUCAAGGAGAGCGAUUAUGGGGUCAUGGGCAUCAAGACGCCUUUGCUCGAUGUCUCGGCAAAGGCGGAGGACGUUUGGGGCCCAGCGCUGGGCGGGCGUGAGAAGGAGGAGAAUCUCAAGACCGUAUCGACUUCCCUCGACCGGUUCAGGGAAUACAUCGAGGCGAGCUCCAAUAUUGCCGACAGCAUAAGGCGUAAGGACUACGAAGCGUUGGUGGAGGAGUAUGUCCGUGCCCGGAGGUUUGCCGACGAGACACGUAGGCUCGUUGAGGAGUUCGACUCGACCCCGCCGAGUGAGACGGAGAUGUACCAGAUUGUCCUCGCGGCACGGAUGUGGUACGAUGUCGAUGAGCAGAUCCAGCUUUUCAAGCGCGAUGUUUGGAGGAGGCUCACCUCGCUCCAUAACGUCUCCCGAGCCGAGACCUCGGUCGGGCAGCCACGAGACCAGCACGUGGAAUUGAUCAGCCUGUUGCUAGAACUCGGCGUGGACGAUAAUCCGAUCUGGGUCUGGCUCCUGAGCAAAUAUGAUUAUCUUAAGGGUAAAAUCUCAUCGACGAGCGAGCGGGCUAAAGUCGAAAUCGAAGUGCUCCGACGUCGUCUUGCCAAUGCCGACAAAGCACCGCCGCAGGCCAUGGGCACGUACCUGCGGAACCUUGGUCGCCAAUCAGUCGAGAACAAAGUCGCCGGGCUGGAUUCCGCCGAGGUCAUCGAGUUGUGGGAAAAGAUGCUGGCGUUCCUGUCAACAUUGUUGUCGGCGCAAGGUAUUCUAGGCGAAGUAGUCGAGUUCUGGCAGACUGUCGAAGGGUUUAUCGACGGAAAGGCCCAGAAGUCGUUGCCUACAGGUUACAAUGACGAAUCCCGGGACCACCAUCAACUUUCGCAGCAGGGGACUACCGAUCUACAAAAAGGUACGGUCGAACUAGUUGAUAUGAUACGGUCACACGUUUUCGAGUUCUUCGUCGGCGCCCCCCCCGAAGACAUAUCGCUUCUAUUCUCGCCCCUACCGCCCUCUCCCGGCACGCCGAAGUCAGCGGGGCUGCCUCCCAACCGGAGAGAUCCUCGUUUCAACUUCGAUGCGAAUAACCUCCCCCCGCCAUCGCCCAAGAAAGGCGAGUCUUGGGAAAAGUUUGCCUUUUGGCCGCCCACGUCCAACUCGAUCAGCGGCGUCCAUUAUCUAGCAAAGAUGCUCAACCUGGUCGGUUCUGGCGCAUCGGAAAUGGCAAGCGUUGCCCCCGUGAGCCAAGACGACGGGAAGCAGCUGGAGAUGCUCAAGACGUUGGUAGGCGCCGCGCGUGACAGGGCGGCUACAGCAUUAUGUGCUGCUUGGAAUAGAGAUUCCGAGAGCGUUAAGUGCGUCGAGGACUGGAAGCGUUCCAAAGAUAUGGGAGACGUUACGCGAAUGCCAGCCAGCUUCGCCGCCUUCGAAACCGCGUUGCUCUCGGGUAUGCAGAAGAUCCUCUACAUUCCGGAGGCGAUGGCUAAGCCAGGUGCCGGGGAUAUUGUCCUCCCACCACCAGCGAAGCUCCUACAAACAGUGAGGGGCCAGUACAUGACAACGCUCUAUAAGACGUUCAGUGGGAUGGUCGAGAAUGCAGAACGCUCCAUUAAGAAGGCAGACGACGAAUGGACUACCGACGUAGACAUGACGGCGAGGUCCGGGAGCGAGAAGGCGUCUUUAGCUGCUGGUCCUGGGACUGUCGACGCAGGAGAUAGGAACGUCCGUAUGCUCCUGACCCUCGGAAACCUUCACGCGUUGCGGACCAAGGUGGUGCCUAGUCUCAAUGGCCAAUUCGAGAACGCCUUCUCUGUUAAGCUUACCGACGAGUCUAAGCUCAUCAAGGACGUGCUUGGUCAGAUCGACGCCAGGCUGUUCCAGACAUAUACGAAGCCUUCGCUGGAAAGUCUGCGUAAGAUCAUCCGCGCCGGACUCGCUGACCCGGACUGGUCGUCUCCCAAGCCUACGGGGGUUAAGCCUUACGUGUACGAGGCCCUGCUCACGCUAGUGCUGGUACACACACAAGUGUCGACGACGGCGCCGAGCAUGACGCACCAGGUGCUCUCGUACCUGCUGGAGCAGAUCAGCCGGGAGCUGCUAGACGGGCUCAAGGCGCGGACGAGCGGGUUCGACCUGGGGGCCCUGAUGCAGGCGACGCUCGACGUCGAGUUCUUCGCGCAGACGCUGAGCCAGUACACGACGGAGCGCGCCUCGGCGACGCAGAGCGAGAUCUACACCAUGCUCGACUCCAAGACGGACAGCCAGGCGCGCGCCCGCCUCCAGGACGAGCUGCCCGGCAUGCGUGAAGUGCUCAAGAAGCUCCGCGAGCAGUCCAGGAACGAGUUCGCCUGCUUCAAGCGGCCGCGCCGCAGCCCGAACCAGAGCUCUUCCCAGUCCCAGCCCGCCCCCGAGCAGCCGCCGGCCCCGGCUUAGAUGGCUACGGUGCCUCGGACAUCCGGGGCGCGGCCAUUAGCUCAGCUGUUUUAGUCCCUGGGACCGCACAUACUGCUAUACUACAGCGGUCGGUAGCCGGGGCCGCUUGAUUAUGGCUAUCGUGUCAGCAACCGUUCCGUCAAGUGAAAUGCUUGACGGAUAUGAAAAUGGAGAAGGACAGGGAUUGUUGAUGUUAGGGAGAGGGGGGUGAUUGCCCUUGGCAAUAUGCCUA